GGUGCAGAACGGAGAAGGCGGGUCUGUUGGCUCCGACAUCCCCAGGCUGCUCUAAAUUCCGUUCCUUUGGAGAAGGAGGACCCCAAAGGGAAGGGACGGAGGCUGAAUCAGCUAACAAGCUUUGGAGGACCUCUUCAGAGCAAUCGGAAAGACUCCUUCCCAGGCUAUGGUGAAUAAAGGGUUUCGCAGGGCGCCUGAAGAUCACGUGACUCCGGAUCCAGGCGUUUUGACGGCAGCGAGGGGAGCUGGGUCGGGACCCUCCCCGGCUGAAUUUUAGGCGGCUGUUUUCUUUCGCUGGAAUUUGGGAGCGGAGGUCGCUCCUGCUCCUCUCCGGAGGGUCGCUGGUUCAAUCCCAGUAACGGUCAGAAUAGUAUUUUCGGAGGACCGUUCGCGCAAACCUUGUAGCUAUCCGUCAGCCAGCGCUCACCGCGUGGGGAAGGUUGCAAAAGGAAAAGAGGGAGGGGGGCCCAAGAGGGAAACCGGGGACCUUCCGCCACACUGUCCUUUUCCAGCUCUGAGAAGUCCUCCUUUGGCUGGGAAGUGGUUCUCAUUUCCGGGCGCCCCCAAGGACCAGAAGUGGCUGGGGAGAAAGUUCUGCGGACCCUGGGGUGGGGGGGGGGGAGUCCCAGGGUCCCGCAGGGGUGCAGGUCCCGGGAUCCCCUUCCUGUGGCUCCUCCUCCCCCUGCCCCUACCCAAUCCCUCAAACCAUCCAUUUUGAGGAGGGGGUCCGGAAGCAGGUACAAAGGGCCUGGGCCGGACGAGUCUCUGUCGUCGAUCCUUCCUUGGGGGGAGGGGGCGGGGGGGCGUCGUUUUGUUUUAUUUGUUUCUUUAGUUAUUUUUACAGUCCCACUCCUCCUGUCCGCAGCCCUGCAACCCUCUGCCUCGCACAGGGAACGAGCCCUUAGGCUGCGCUGCCCGCAGGCCGGUCCCGAAGUCGGUGUGGUUGAGAUGGACCUUGUGACCUUCACAGACGUGGCCGUGAAUUUCACCAGGGAGGAGUGGGCCCUCCUGGACUCCGGGCAGAGAAUUCUCUAUAGAGACGUGAUGCUGGAAAACUGCAGGAACCUGGCCUCUCUGGAUUUGCUAACGCAACAUCAAACCAAAAACUCAACCCCUCAGCCGGACAUUCUUGCUAAAAAGACACCUGUUGAAGCAAAGAGAGUGUGCACUGUGAGCCAUGCUUCCCGGCCGUCCCAAUUGGGAGAAGACUGGAAAUGCCACAAAACAAACGAACCACUCACGCAAAGGGAGCAAAAGUUGAAGCAAGUUGCCACUGUACACGAUAAAGAUGAGUCUCCGGUUAGAAUCCAUGACUCUCAUGAUAUGAGGGACGACUCUCUGCCUAGCUCAUGGAGAGAUUCUACAGGAAACCGUAUCCAGAAACAUGGCUCAGAUAUUCUGAAACAAAAUCUUGCCCUAACCAGUCAUCAAAAGAUCUACAGAAACAACAAAAAUGAUAGAGUCUUGCAGCAGAGUGUUGAGACAACCCCAUCUGUAGGACAUCAGAUGGAGCCAGAGUCCAAAAUAUGGACUGACUGUCAGAACAAUGUUCUUCAGACAUAUAAUAAUGUCUGCAGGGGGGUGGACAUCCAUGAAUGGGAUCCAUUUGGAAAAACCUUUGAGGAAGACAUUUCCCUUAGGUUAUGCAAGACUCCCAUGAAGGAGAAGACUUACGAGUCUAAUCCAUGUGAAAUCACCUUCCAAAAUAGCUCAACCCAUGAUGUGCAGAGGCAACCCGAUACGGCAGAGGCAAAUCAUGAGAAGAAUCAAGGUGAGAAAACCUCUGUCCACAUUGCAAAUUCUGACUCACACAGGAAGACUAAGACCAGAGAGGGGAGAUAUAUAUGUCAAGAUUGUAGGAAAAGUUACGUGCAUCUGUCAUUCCUUAUGAAACACAUGGAAAUUCACACCGGAGAGAAACCUUAUGAAUGCAAGACCUGUGGGAAAGCCUUUAGAUAUACCUUACACCUUAACAAACACUUAAAAAAGCACAUUAGGAAGAAGUCCUAUAAAUGUGAGGAAUGUGGGAAAGGCUUCACCAAUUCUCACAGAUUUAAAAACCAUCUGAAAACUCACCGUUGAGGGAUGCCUGGUCAGCUCAAUGGGGAGAGUGUGCGACUCUUGAUCUCGGGGUUGUGAGUCUGAGCCCCAUGUCGGGCAUAAAGAUUGUUUAAAUAAAUAAAUGAGCUUUAAAAAUAAAUAGACUAAAAAUUAAAAUUCACAGUUGAGGGGUCCUGUGAAUGAAAGGAAUGUGAGAAAAGCUUCAUUCAUUUUCUCAAAAUACCAAGCACAUAAGGACAUGUUAAGGGAACUCAAGUCUUCCCUGAAGGAUGAAAAUGUGAGAAUUCACACAUUUACGUAUUCACAUCUUGUGAAGGUAAGGUCUAGAAAGAUUUUACGCCUUCCAGCUUUAUGACUUUUUCGUUUUUUAUUAACUAGUAAUAUUUUUUUAAGCAGACUCUGUGCCCAGCAUGGAGUCCAACCUGGGGCUUGAACUCACGACCCUGAGAUCAAGACCUGAGCUGAGAUCAAGAGUCCCAUGCUUAAUGGACUUAGCCACCCAGGCGCCCUCUUCUUUCAUCUUCAAUAGACAUUUCUUCUCACAGGAGAGAAAUGCCAUGAAUCUAAGGAAUGUGGGAAAGCCUUCAACAUUGUCUCAACGUAAUCCCAACAUUAUCCCUGUAAGAACUCACACUGCAGAGUAAGGAAUGUGGGAAAGACCCCUUUGAACACUUACUCCUUAAGUUACAGCCAGAGAGGUACUGUGAUUGUAAUAGAUAAAAGAAAGCCUUCUGUAAGAUGAGUACAUAGUUGGAGAGAAACACAGUAAAUGUUAAGAUUGCUGCUGUUACAUCAUUUCAUCCUUCAACUGGGACCAAAAUUUGUGAUUCACCAGUUUUUCUUCUCUAAUAAAAUCCUACAAGAUGAUGAAAAUCCCCCUCUGUGCCCUUGCAACUCUGCCACGUGAAUUUCAGUACGUAGCAGAUUUGUUAGAAUUUACAUCCAGAUGGUCUCUCCAACAUGAACAUCGUUUAGACCUCAUUUAAUUCAGAUUGGGGUGUAGUGUGCUCCAUGAUAAGGCUUUUUUUGGUCAGUUGGCUUUUACUGGUCAUGAUUCGACUGCUUUAUGGUCAGAGGAUGUGGUCUUCGUGAUGUUGAUGUGAGACACGUGUUCUAAUGAUCAUUUCAAUCUCCUGCAGCUAAUUCUCUCAAUUAUCUGACCAUUUUUCUCAUCCUCUUUACUAAGGGUACAUAGACUUGUUUUUCCAGAGUUAGCACUGUUGAAGGUUUUUAUUUUUUUAUUUUUUAAAGAUUUUAUUUAU